CUUAUAUAUAUAUAUAUAUAAUAUUAAAUAUACAAUGGGUUCCAAAGGUACUAAGAAGGUUAGUGUCAUUGAUGAGGAUGUUGUUUCCAAACCAGUUGUAAAAGUGGAGACUAAACCUCGUACAAAAUCCAUUCAAUUUCGUAUUAUGGUUGGAUCUUAUGAACAUAAUUUAUUAUGUGUUUCUGCAAUUUUAGAUAUUAAUGGAACUAAAGAGCCAGUAUUUCAACCAAUUUUCCAUUUCCAAGCACAUUCAUUAUCUAUUAAAUCCAUGGAUAUUGCCAAAAGAUAUCUUGUAACUGGAUCAAAUGAUGAACAUAUAAGAAUAUAUGAUUUACAAAAGAGAAAAGAAUUAGGUAAUUUAUUAAGUCAUCAAGGAACUGUUACAACUUUAAAAUUUUCUACUGAAAUAGCUGAUUCAAAUCAUCCUGAAUCAACUGAAAAAUCAGGUAAAUGGUUAUUAUCUGGAUCUGAAGAUGGGAAAAUUAUAAUUUGGAGAACUAAAGAUUGGGAAGUAUUUGGUACUUUAAAGGGUCAUCAAGGUAAAGUUAAUGAUUUAGCUAUACAUCCAACUGGUAGAGUAGCUAUUUCAGUAUCUCAAGAUAAAACUAUAAGAUUAUGGAAUUUAAUGACUGCUAAAAAAGCAGCUAUUUUAAAAAUUAAAGGUAGAGAUCAUUUAGGACAAAGUGGAGAAUUUGUAAGAUGGUCACUUGAUGGUAAUUACUUUUUAGUAGGAUUAUUAGAUCAAAUUUUACUUUAUAAUACCAAAACUGCUAAGAUUGUUAAGAAAUUAUCAUAUAAAUCAACUUUAAUGACUUUUGAAAUUAUAAAUAUUGAAGGAACUGAAUAUUUAGUUACUGGACAUGGAAAUGGUUCUAUUCACUUUUUCGAUUUAAAAGCUCAAAUAUUAUCUAAAUUACAAGAAAAGGAUGAUGAAUCUAAAGUAUGGGAUUCUAAAGCAGAAGGUUUAGAUCCUAUUUUUGAAUUAAGAGGUCAUACAAAUAGAAUAAAGGGAUUUACUUAUUUCAAUCAUCCAAUUGAAACCAAUGGAGUACCGUUAUUAAUAUCAGUAUCAUCUGAUGGUAAGAUAGUUAUUUGGAACUUGAGUGAAUCAGUAAGAGAUCAAAUAGCCAUUUAUGAUACUGGUGAAAGAUUGAACUGUGUUGUAGUAAGUCCUGAAAGUGUAGAAAGAAUGGAAACUAUGAAGAGACGUUAUAAUACUGUUGAAGAAAUUAAUGGUCUUGAUAAAAAUGUUGACUCAGGAGCAAUCAGUGAAUCUGAAUAUGAAACUGAUGGAGAAGAAAUUAAAAAGAUCUUAUUAAAAGGUAAGAAGAAGGGUAAGAAAAACUCCAAAAAGAGAAAAGUUAGUAUUACAUUAGAAUAGCUACAUAGCUCUGUAUUAUAGAUUAAUGAAAGUUUAUAUUUUUGAGAA